CCUAAUAAAAUCAGCAAGAUGCGCACUGAGCUUGAGACCUCCUUACAUAAUUCUGGUUAGGAUCAUGAAUUUCGCCGGUAAAGUGGUCCUUAUAACGGGAGCAAGUUCUGGAAUCGGAGCUGCAACCGCAAUUAAGUUUGCCAAGUACGGCGCCUGCCUGGCCCUUAACGGUCGCAAUGUGGAGAACCUCAAGAAGGUAGCCGAGGAGUGCAGCAAGGUGGGCCAAUCGCAGCCAGCCCUGGUGGUAGGCGAUAUUGCCAAGGAGGCGGACACCCAAAGGAUUUGGUCGGAUACCCUGAAGCAGUACGGCAAAUUGGACGUGCUGGUCAACAAUGCCGGAAUCAUCGAAACGGGCACCAUUGAGAGCACUAGCCUGGAGCAGUACGAUCGCGUGAUGAACACCAACCUAAGGGCCAUCUACCACCUGACUAUGUUGGCAACCCCCGAGCUGAUCAAGACCAAGGGCAACAUCGUGAACGUGUCUAGUGUCAAUGGGAUUCGCUCUUUCCCCGGCGUCCUGGCCUACAACAUAUCCAAAAUGGGCGUGGACCAGUUCACCCGCUGCGUGGCGUUGGAGCUGGCUGCCAAGGGUGUCCGGGUGAACUGCGUAAAUCCCGGGGUGACGGUCACCAAUCUGCAUGCCCGUGGCGGCAUGGAUGAAGCGACGUACAAAAAGUUCCUGGAGCACUCUAAGACCACCCACGCCUUGGGUCGUCCUGGAGAUGUCAAGGAGGUGGCUGCGGCCAUUGCCUUCCUGGCCAGCGAUCAGGCCAGCUUUAGCACUGGGGUCAGCCUGCCGGUAGACGGAGGUCGCCAUGCCAUGUGCCCACGCUAAAUCCACAGGACAUCGGCGAGGGAAAUUUUAGACUCCCCUGCAUGGAUAUUUCCAUGAGUAAAUGCAUUUAAGUCGCUUCUUUAAGUGUUACUCUGAUUUUCAUAUUAUUUUGAUUGUGUACAUAAAACUGAUUUACGUUUAUUUUGUCAUUUGUAUUCAGGACCAAACUAGUUGCCAAAAACUAGCUUUAGCCUGAUUUGGAUUAUUUGGAUUAUAAGCUACUAGCUAAUUCUUUAAGUGUUUGUCUCUCAAUUAAUUUGUUAUCUCAAUAUUUCUUUUAAUUUCAAUAGACAUACUCGAGCUCUUUA